AUGAAAUUAAAUUAUCAAGAAACNGAAUCGCCACCUACGAAAACAGACGAGACGAACGACCUCUCAGACGAUAGCAGCAGUGCCCUACUGGCCGAAUGUAUCCAAUCGGCCAUGCCGAAGCCACGCUUAAAACCCAACGACGUUGGAAAUGUGGUAGUGACGCAGCCGCAUAUGCAAACCAGUACACCACUUGUCAAGACACGAAAUAGGCCUAAUACGGAAGGGGCUGCACGUAAAGAAGGCGUAGUCAAACGGAUUAACCCAUCAUGUUUUUUGGGGGCCAAGGACGAAACGGAAAGAUACGCUGUUGAAAAUAGUCCUUGUCAUUUUUCAUUAAGGUCCAGUCUAUCAGACUUGACUAUAGAUGGAAGCGUGUGUGGUGUUGCCAGACGAAUUAACAAUGCAGUUGGGGAGACGGAAGAGAAAGCAAGAAAAUCUGAAGAAAUUCUUUCAGUUGCUGGCCCCAGCGCGUUGGAAAGAGGGAACAUUUCGAACGUCAAUCUUUCUCGAAGAGACUCCCUUUCUUCUCUUAGCGUAGAAUCCUUUGAACCGACAGAACAAGAGCAAGCGCUUUUAGAGGAAUGUAUAUCGUCUGCUAUGCCGAAAAAUAAACUUCAAAAUGUCUGCGAAAAAUCUUCACCAGCUCCCACAGGAUCUUCCACGAAGUCGCCUAAAUUAACCAAGAGAGAACGCGAUUUCGCCUUUCGUCCCAUUAAUUGGAGCGAAAGGGAAAGGGAGAAGGACUUGUGGCAGGAAGAGGAUUUGGAAGAAAUAAAGUUGACAAAGACGAAUUCAAAAAACGUAUUUGUCACGUCUGCUGCCGGGAUCACGGUGCCAAAGAAAGGCGAAAUGUGUCCCGAUCUUCUAGCUACGGUGGCAGGCGGCGAAAACACCGCAACCGAGUCCGCUCCAGGGCCGAAUCACAACCCAGAGGAUCAAGGGAUGCGAACACCAAACAAUAUAGCAAUACGGGACAACCGGUGUUCACAUUCCGAAGAAAGGUGCUCGACCGUACUCACGAAGAGUGGGUCUAACACGGCGAGAACUGACGAUGAAUCUGGUUAUGAAACACGAAUAAUAUCCGAACAAGACGAUAAAACACCAACUGACAUUAAAAUUGAUAAUCGAAUGCUCGAUCCUGAUGCAAUGAUAGAGUCGUUGGAUCGAUUUACAGCAGAACUUGUCUCUCAGGCCGAAGUCCAUCUCAAUAAAGAUAAAUCGACAAUAUCAACCACCUUCGAGGGUGAUACAUGGAAUGACGAUGAUGUUUCCUUCCCCAGUGUAUCAGGGAGUGCUCCAAAUGUUAUUACCUUCAAAAGUGAUUCUGAUACACCCCCAGAAGAUUUUAAACCCCAAGAAAUACUCACUGUUGAUUCGGUUGAUGGCCAGGAUAAGGAAGAAGACAAAAAGUCGAAUGAUUUCUCUUCAUUAGACAGUAACACUAUGACAGAAUCAACUUUAAUAGCAAUGGAAGCUACAAAGAUGGCUACUGUCAUUCAGAAUCAAGGUGUAAUGACCCAGAGCAUUGCUAGCAUACAUUCCUUAGAGCUGGACCUUAUCGAACCACCUUCACAAAGUUUUAAAUUUCUACAUCUAUAA